AUGAAAGACGUCGAACUCGCCGCCCCGGAGGGCAUCGCAAGUCCCUACAACACGUCCGGCCGGGCAAAGCGACCGCCUCGACGUCCGCAGAAUAAGCGAGCCGAUUCGAGCUUUCUGAAGACAGCUACCUACAAGGACAAAUACCUCGUCAUCCUUGAACAUAGUCUAAAGCAUGGUCUGUUGGUUGGGGCAGGCGCACAUUUGGUCCUGUCAGCAAUCAAACUUGCAGGCGGCCUGCUAUCUCUGGUGAUUGCGUUGACAUCGCGCAGCAAGCGUCCUACGCUCAUCAAGAUUGUCAGCACCUCAUUCGCAGAUGCAGCUACGCGUCGCCUGGCCGGCACGCUAGCACUUUUUUCGCUUAUCUGGACCGCUGCAUAUCCAGCGCUGCAAAAGUUUGGACUUGAGCGAGACGAUGAAUCGGACAGCUUGAUAGAUCGUAUUGUGCGCUCCCUUGGACAGCAAGCCGCUGCAUCUGCAGGCUUCGUCGCCGGUCUUGCCUUGCUCGUGCAGACCAGGUCUGAACGAGUUGCCUGGGCACCUCAAAUAUUCUGUCGCGGCCUUUACUCGCAUUUGAAAGCACGACCCUUGUUCCAUGUGCCAAAUGCGGAUAUGUUGCUAUUCGGCUGCGUCAAUGCGCAGAUUCUGCUUGGCAUGUAUGUCUAUCCUGACACGCUCGAAAAAGGCUACCGAAGAUGGAUGGACAAGACCGCUCAGUUCGAUCAUGGUUUUCUGGAAGCAUACCGUGCAGGGAUACGCGGCAGCGCGCCUUCGACACGACAUGUCGAGUUGCUAGAGCACUCAGUGAUGGAACACGGACAUCCGGAGCAUGUAGCUGCCUGGGCACGAUGGAAGCCUACCAUGCACUCUUGUUGCGUUCCAUGUGGGCUUUCGCAUCGUGCCGAACCGUCAUGUCUCAGGAGUAACGCGCGGGUCCUCCUCAACGCUUUCCUUGCCGCUAUGCCGAUGUAUGCGCCCGUCCAUCUCCUGCCGGCGCUCAUCUUUCAUGGCAAGCAAUUCACCAAAGCACCCGUUGUUUCCGGUCAGAAAAUCUCGCUCAAGAUUGCUCGAUCCUGCGCGUUCCUGGCAAGCUACGUUGGUCUGGCAAGGUCAGCAGUCUGCUGGCUAGAUGCAGCAAAAAGCAUGUCGGGAAGUCAGAUUUCCGCUGGACCAUGGUUCGCCGCCAGUGGAGCCUUGACAUCCGCGACGCUGCUCUGGGAGGAGCCUCAUCGACGAGCCGAGCUUGCGCUUUAUUGUGCGCCUAAAGCGCUAGAGUCUCUGUUCUUCACGCUGUCUGGCGUCGGUCUGGCCGCCAGCGUCCCAUUUGGAGAGGUUCUCCUCGCUUGCGCCGGCACUGCUAUGCUCAUGGACUGCUAUGUGCACAAGGUGAACGCAGUUCAGCCGCUGCCACGCGCUUUGAUUGCGCAAAUUGCUGAUCCACACCUGCCCACGUCAAGCGCACAUCGCGCGCACAAGGAGCGACGCGACACAACGCGUGAGCUCCUGGGAUGA